ACCUGUCGUCCGUAAAUUUCGUUUAGUUAAUCAUCCUGAAAACUCCUUAGGACACUUGGAAUGAUCAUCGUCUUUGUCGUGAAGUGGGAAUUCGUUAGAAAUCAAAUUGAACUUGAUUGAUCAUAAAAUUGUAAAAGAGAUAUUAUUAUUGAACGAGAGAAAUUUAUUAUAUAUUUCUCAAAGAAAGUUCGUAUGUGUUUAGAGAACGUUAGUGGAUAUCGCGGUGGGAUCGACAAAAAAAAUCGAUAUGGAUGCGUCUAAGAAUUUUUUCGAUGGGCGCAUAAUUUGAUUUCUAAUUAUUAAGAGGAAAAAAAAAAUAAAAAGCAAGAAAGAAAAAGAAAAAAGGGAAGAUAAAAAGAGAAGAGAGAGAGAGAGAGAAAGAGAGAGAGAGAGAGAGAAAGAGAGAGAGAAAGAGAGAGAGAGGGUGUUUGUGUUAAAGUUUUUUCAUUUAAAUGCAACGAAAGAUAACCGCCAAAAUGUGCAUCGAUUCAAUUCAAAGUUGUUAAGUUGUUACGCGUUUCGAGACCGCGAUUCGAGUUACGCGGGAAUUCGAACGGACGAGGAAAUACCGUCGGAAUGUCGUCGAAAACGCUUCACAACGAGCACAUUAAGAGGCCGAUGAACGCUUUCAUGGUAUGGUCUCGUGGACAGCGACGUAAAAUGGCACAGGAAAAUCCGAAAAUGCAUAACUCCGAAAUUUCUAAACGACUUGGAGCAGAAUGGAAGCUACUAAGCGAAAGUGAAAAGCGGCCCUUCAUAGACGAGGCUAAGAGAUUAAGAGCCCUACACAUGAAAGAACACCCGGACUACAAAUAUCGACCACGACGGAAACCGAAGAAUUUAGUGAAGAAAGAAAAUAAAUUCGGUUUUUCAAUAUCGCCAUUGAUGUCGCCUGGUGAUACCCUCGGCAACAUAUCUCGUGGUCUUUUACCACCAUUAGCACCACCUUCGCAUCAUCAUCCUCUGAUAGGUCACGACGAUCUCAAGAUACCUCGUUUCUUUCCGCCGUUUCCGUAUCCCCUCUAUCCGAUUCAACACAAGUUGGGUGACGAAUUGAACGGUGGUAAAUUGGCUGCGGAUUUGGCCUUCCAAGCACUAUACGGUGGUAGUACGUUUUAUUCGAGUCACCAAGCGGUAUCCUGGCCAGGAUUACCGGCGACGACGUGUCUCCAAGCUAAUUGUGGUUGUCCUAGUCCACCGAAGGAUCCAAAAAGGACGUAUUUGCCGUCGAAGUUGGAGGAGAGACCCUUUUCCAGUCCGGGUAAACACGAGGACGAAACUUUUCCGAUCGAGCGUGAUACUACCAUCGAAGAAUCUCGUUACAGAAAGUUAGAGGACGAAGGAUUAACCUCGACAUUGGAAAGGCAUCAAGAAGAAAGAUCGAGAGAUCGUUUCUCAUCAUCUUCUUCCUCAUCGCCAACCGAUCGACCAGAAAGGGUAUCUAGUACGACAUCGGCAACGACAACGAGUACGGUGACUAAAGUUGAAAGCGUAUUCUCCGUACAAAAUCUUACAUCGCCUAGCACGAAUUUGACGUCCCAUAGAAGUCACGUCAUAUGAAGACCGCUGCCGGUUCUCCCGGAUCUAAACUUCCGGGGGAACCUUCUACCAACCGGUUGGCCGACGGCAACCGAUUGGUGGAGAAUACCACCGAUGCUUUCACCGAUCCCACAAGCUAGUGUCGCUAAUUUACCAUCGGCUAACAUAAAGGACGACGAUGUUCACUUUCAGGAAGAACAUCAGAGAAAUUCUGUCGUCUCCAGAACGACUGGGAGGACUGGCUUGCACGUCGGUGCCGCGCAAUGAAAUUUUCUUGAGAAGUAUCAUUAGGUGGACGAGUCAAGUGCAUUUACUGAAACGUGAUAGAAAUGCUUUCAGACUUCUUUUACUUUUCUUUUAACGUGUUUAAAGAAUUUAUGAUAAAUAUCUAAAAGCAGUGAUAUUACGUAAACUUCAUUUCUCCUACGUGUUGUUUGUUGUUUAUCUCAGCUCUAAUAAAAGCAAGAAAUAAUCGACGAUUCUCGCUAAAGAACGUUAUAUCCAAGGUAAGAUGGCCGAAAUUAUUCAAAUUUCGUCGCGUUACUUAAACAAUUGAUUAAAUAACGUGGAACGAUGGAACGAUGAAAUUCGAUACGUAAUGUCGACGAAAGCCAGAGAAUUAUUAUGUUAAUUGAGACAAUCCCAACAUAGAGAAAAAGAAGAAAAAAAAAAAAAAGAAGAGGAGAGAAAAAAGAAAACAAAGAAAAAAGAAAGCGAUGGCAUCCACAACUACCUCAACCCUUCGCCCACCCUCUACCGAUCGCCCGUUGAAAAUUUCAUGAAAAACAUUUCCUUCUUUCAAAGCCAUCUAGUGAGUUAGAUAGUCGAAAUCGAUAACACCGCGUUACGAAAAUCCCACAAAGAGAUACGGUACUCCCUUCUGGGAGAUACUCCGUACACGUUGGAAAUACUAGAAGAGUCCGAUUUUGAUGAGACAACCAACCCUCUCAUACCACAUAUUACCUACAUACAUGCGAAUCGGGCGUGUCUUUGCCAACCCACGAAAAACAGAAAGAGAAAGGGAGAAAGGACGUAGGAGGGGUUGUAUGCGAGAUCGAGAGAGAAAGGAUGGAAGAUGGAAAGGGUGAGAGAGAGGGAGAAAGAGAGACAGAGAGGGGAAAAGGGAAAUAGGGAGGGGGUAGGGAUGGAGGAGAAAAAAACCUCUUCCAGUGGAGGCAAAUCUCUUCUUUGGGAUGCGGCCAUGCGAAAUAAGCCAAACGUUUUGAAUGCUAACGUAGAUGCGAGAACGGACCCGACACGUAUGUGCUGUACGCGUUCACGGCUAUUUUGUUGCGGUGGCGUUUUCGCGACGACGAAACGCAUCGAUACAACCCGCGAAAUUAUUCAGCGAAAACGUAUGUAUGUAUGUAUAUAUGUAUGUAUGUAUGUAUGUAUGUAUGUAUGUAUGUAUGUAUGUAUGUAUGUAUGUAUGUGUGUGUGUGUGUGUGUAUGUAUGUACCUACGUAAACGUUUCCGCGUACGCUUCACGGGAAUAUCGAUCACGAGGAAGGUAUUCGCGAAUCACCCGUUGCGUAUGUAAUUACGUAAAAUCGAAUUUUCUUGUUGUUCGAUGCCAAACGGAGUACCUAUCGUUGUCCCCGUCUAGCCAUUAUUCCAUUGUGUAUAUUUUAUAGAUUUUAUUUUGUGACGAUCGCGCAUAUAUAGAAUUUCUGGUGCUUACAAAAAAGAAAAAGGAAAAGAAGAAAAGAAGAAAAAAAAAAAAAAGAAAUAAAAAGAAAGAAAUAAGUAGAACUUUUCGAAGCGGAUUUCAUUUCCUUAAAUCAAAAUUUUCUUGUCAAAAAUUUCUUUCAAUGACGCGUCAUACGAUUAGAUUUUCUAAUCGUAUUAAUUCAAUAUAGGAAAGAAUUAACGGCUAUCGAAAUAGUGCUGGCGCUAAAUUGAACUUUCAAUAUAAAUGAGAAUUCAUUCAUUAUUUUGUUGAAUAGUAGUUAUAUUUACUUAUCGUUUUCUUCGUGAAAAAAUUGUUACGAAAUCGUGCAAUCAAAUCCUUUUGUAUUUUAGUAUUAUAUUAUCGUCUGUUAAAUAGUUAUUAUUCAGUUAAGGGCCACGCGUUAAUAAAUUCCAAAGGGACACGCUAACGAAUUUCAAUAAUACAUUAGAAUGACUCUGAAAAAGUCAAAGACGCAUUUUACUUAAAGCGUUCCA